AUGGUUUGUAGACAUCCAAAUUGCAAUAAUAAGGGUGCAAUUUGUUGUAGAUGUUAGUUAAAAUAUCAUUGUGAUAAUGGUCACACAUUAGAAUCUUUUAUUCCAUUGGAUGAAGUCUUAAUAUUAUGUUAAACUUAAAAUCCAAAAGCAGAAUACUUUGAAGAUUUAAGUGUUGAUGGAAUGUUAGAAGUAUAAUAAUUAUAAUCUAAUCUUUCAAAUAUUAAUAAUUCCAUUUAAGAAUAGUUGAAAAGAGAGCUAUUAAUUUUAGGAUAAUAUUAAAAGCCCUUUAAAGAUAUAUAUGGCAUCAUAUCUCAUUAUUCACAAAUUGAUGGCGAUACUACAAGAACUGAUGAUGGAACAUAAGGAGGAAUGAAAUCAGAUUUUAUGAAUAUUAUGUAAUUCAUAGCAAACAAAAUUAUUGUUGUUGAUGGAGAGUUUACUAUAGAUUAAUCAGAUAUCAAUAAUUGUUUAACAGAAAUAAUUGAAAGAAAGAGAAGAAAUCUAAACAUUUUACAAAAGUUAAAUCAAAAAUCACAGAAAUAAAUUAAAAUUAUUUCAGCUUUAUUUGAUACAGGUUGUUCUUUUGGAUUAGAUUAACAUAUUCCAAUUUCAUAAUUUAAUUCAUGGAUAUAAGUUUACAAUGUUUAAUAUUUUGAAUAAACUACUUAUAAGGAUAUUAUUUCCUUAAUUAUACCUUAGAAUAGCUUAAUAAUGAUAGGUAUUUUGAAGGAAAAAUAUCUUGAAUUUUGUGCUAUAGACAAAUAUAAAGCUGUUUUUAAAGGAAAGCUUAAUUCAUUUUCAAAAUUAGUUUGGACUUUAAAUGAAUAAAACUUUGGAUGUGAAUGUCUAAAAUGGAAUUUAAAUUAAGUAUUUUUGCAUUAGUAAAUGGAUUAAGCAGAAUAUUUAUAUCAUUUAAAUGACAGAAAAGUCAUAUAUUAUUUAUAAAUCUGA